ACUGAUGUAAAUGUAUUCUUAUUUUGUAGGUUUUAAUUGUAAACAUAGCGAAAAGUUUGAACCUAAUUAAACAGGUUGAGGGUGGACCUUGAAAACCAUUAACUCGCCAGGACUUAGAGAAUACGUUUAAUACCCUGGUAAAAUGGACCAAACCGCCAACGAAGAAACAACUGGAAAAGAUAUAAACAUUAAAAUUGAAAACAAUGGAAAAUUGGCAUCAGUUCUUGAUGGCAUACAUACUUCAAAUAUUGCAAACUCGCCACACAUGGACGAAAAAGGUAUCGCGGAACUAAAUUCAGAUGACUUGUUAGAAGUAGGAACUGAAUCCAUCACUGAUCAUACGAUUUUUGAUGAGAAACAAAGAUCAGAUUCCCCAUUUACCGAGAAUCAUAUUUCAAAUGCACGUUUUGGUCAAAUGGAUAUACCAGGUGUAGAUCAAGACGAAAACUCAUGUCGAAAAAGAAUAGAACAACACCGGAAAAAUAAUGAAAAAGAAAAACUGGAAUUAAAUUUUGUAGAGGUUCACGGCGAUUCAACAACAUCUCUUUCUAUUGUAUGUCAUAAACACGCUGCUGCUCUAGGAGAAAACCAAGAUAGGAACUUCCUCGGGGAAGGAACAAACAACAGCCUUAAAACCGACGAGAAAAGCACAUCGGUACAACCCAAAUUAAAAGAUUGCAAAUCGAAAGAUGAAAUCACAGGUAACGAAUUGCAGAAUGGAGUUUUCAUUGAUAAUACAAUCCCAUAUGAUGUUGAAAUUACAUCGCAAUGUUUUGUCUCAUAUCAAACUGAUAUCAAUAAAGGUGAGAUGAUCAGUAACUAUGACGAAAACGAAGUCAGGAAAAUCGAAAAAGCAACAGACACAGAGAUCAAGGAGCCAUGUUCUGUUGUCGAUAGCGAUGUUUCUGAUGAAAUGUUGGAUAUCGCAACUUCUAUGAAAGAUGAGUUACAAAUGAAUUGUUCGACAGUUGAAAAUCCCGAACAAGAUCGUAAUAAUGAUCUUCUGAAAGGGUCAAAUAAAGAUCUAAAAUUGAGUGCUGCGUCGAAGCAAUUCCAAAGCGAUGAAUGCACUGAAAAAGAAGAAAAAAACCAUGAAGAUCUGAAAGACGAGUUGGUACAAAAAGAGCUGACUGAAAGAGACAAUGCCCAAAAUUCAACUGUAAAAAAGGAUGUGGUUAUGAAAACAAAUAAUGUAGAAACUUCAGCAACAAAAACAAUCCGUGUCGUGUUGAUUGGGCAGACAGGGGUAGGAAAAAGCUCAACUGGAAAUACGUUAUUGGGUGCCAACAGAUUUAGAAAUUCAUUUUCCUCAAAAUCUUGUACAGAAGUAUCUCAAAGAGAAUCGACAGUGAAGAGAGGGUUCAUUUUAGAAGUCGUUGAUACCCCGGGGUUGUUUGAUACCCACAAACCACCAGAAGAAUUAAGAAAGGAAUUUUUGAAUUGCAUGAUGAUGACAAAACCCGGUCCACACGCUUUCUUGUUGAUUCUUAAAAUGAAUCGUAUCACAGAACAAGAGAAGAAGACCCUUCAUUACUUAAAAGAAAUAUUUGGUGGAGAUCAAUUUCUGAACCACACAAUAAUUGUUAUCACCAGGAGAGAGGAUUUCGAAGAAACAGCUUUAAAAGGCACAGAAAAGACAAAAGAAGACAUACACGAAUUAUUUCAAGCAACCCUAGAAAAUUCACCGGACCUGCACCACAUGGUUAUGCAAUGUAAAAAACGCUGUUUUCUACUUUCUAACAAAAGAAGAGUUGAUGGAACUAAACGUACCGAUCAAGCUAAUCAACUAUUGUCAUUAAUUCUCGAAAUGACACAAGCAAAUGAAAACACGUUUUACAGUUACCAGUAUUUUAUUGACUUAGAAGAAGAACGGAAGCAAAAACUGAAAAGAGAGGCUGAAAAGAAAGAAGAAGAAGAGCGAUUAAAAAGAGAAAUGGAGCAAAAAGAAGAACUUGCAAAAAUAAAAGAAGAGGAACUCCGAUUGAAACUAGAACGCACAGAAAUAAAACGCGAAAGAGAGAAAGAAAUAGCCAGGAGGGAAAAAGAGCGAUUGGAAGCAAAAUUACGAAAGGCAGAACGUGUUAAAGAGGAGCUAAGAAGACAAAGAGAGGAAGAGAGAGAACAAGAGAGAUAUUUAGCGCAGUUAGAAAGAGAAAAAGAACGUAAAGAACGCAAGCAGGAGAAACUUCGCCGAGAAGCCAGACAGGUUAGGGAGGUCCAACACAGGUACACUGAAGAAAGUCAAUGGGGGUGUGUGAUGAUGUAAUAUGAACACAAUUGUGACUUUUGAUUCCUUAAAAUGUUUGUUUAAACUUUUGGUCACAUGAAAUAAUGCAGAUAUAAUGUCUACUAAUACAAGUAUCAUUGAGUAUAGAUUAUCCUUACUUCAACUUCAUAUAACAGGUGUAUAUUUUGUUAUUUAUGGGCGCGCUUGAUUUUCCUGAAAAGUUUCAAACUUUCCGUUAUCCCUUGGCACAGCUGUAUUACAUCUUCAUUUAGGAAGUAUCAACAAUAAAAUUUAACCUAUUGAAAACGACUUUCUCAAGGUCGAAAAUAUAAAAGUAAAACAUAAUUGAUUUGUAAGAUGUUAUAUUUAUAAAAUUAAUUGUCAAAAUAUUUUAUUCUAUUUUUUUGUAGUAGAUUUUUUCUUUGAAUAUAUUCUUAUAUUUUUUUCUCUAUCAUCUGUGCUUGUUUUGGGAAAAAAUUGAAUAGAUUCAUAAUGAUUAUAAAGAAUUAUUUUAUUGAGUAAUUCAAUUAUAUCUGCCUGGCCAAGUAAGUCGGACAUGAAACACAAACGGCUACUUGAUAUUCAUGAAUAUACGUUAAAAGUUCACGAUGUGAAUGACUGAUUUGGUUUGAAUUGAUUUCAGAUGUUAUGUUUACCAAAAUAUAAGGAGAAUAUUUGAUAUAAAUACGACCAUUUUGUAAAUGUAACAUCGCAAAUGUAAUCUUAUACUAAUGCAACGAUUUUAAGCGGUAAUAUUUUGGUUUCAUAAUUUUAAAGGUACAUUUCGUCGCUUGCACUGAAUAUUUGUUCCAUAUUUGAAAAUGUGCAAAAAUGUCAAAUUUAUUAUAUAUUCCUGUCUAAUGAUAUUAUAAUCGUACAAACCUGCAUGUCUAUAUUUUUGAGAUAGUGCUAGGUUUUUGUGUAAAUAAACAAUCUGUAUGCAAUGAAACAACAAUCGAUGAUAUUCAAGCUUAAAAUACAGAUGUCAGAACUUUUUAAGAAGUAAAUGUCAUCUUACACAACAUAUAUGCUGUAAAGACACUCAUUAAAAAUAAUAGAUGUAAGCUGAAUUUCAGAUAAUUGAUGCAAAUCAAAUUUUUAAAAAAGGGCUUUUAUAUGGUUAGAUUUUUCAAAGCCAAACGCAGUUUGAGCGAAAGUUUUACCUGUAUUCAGGGUAUUUUUUAUGAAAAUAAACAAACAAUUGAAUUUCUUUGUUAUAUUAAAUGUAAUAAUUAUUAGCAAGUUAUGUUAGCAAACAAAAUAUAGAAAACUUACAGUAUGUAAAUAUGUUAGUUGACAGAAGUUAAUUAGGUUAUCUGUCCAUUUAGAAGUUUUGUGACAAAAAUGGAAUCUAAUGAAAACAUUUUAAUAAU